AUGGCGGAAAAUGUUGAAACUCUGAAAAAAGACUCCAUUGCCAUAGUCUCACAGGUGAGCGAUUGUUUAGAAGAAAUGAAACGCUUACAUUUUGUUAACGACGAACUCCAUGAGCAAGUUUUAGAUUUACAAGUUCGAUCUAUGAAAGACAAUGUUCUUUUUAAUGGUAUCCCCGAGACAGAUGACGAGGACAUGGAAAAUGUUUUGACAGACUUUUUAAAAAAUCAAAUGAAAAUAGAAAAGUGCAUGACGUUUGCGCGUGUUCACAGACUUGGGAAAAGGGACACAAGAACUGAUCGGGUACGCCCAAUUGUCGCAAAAUUUGAAUGUUUUAAAGACAGAGAAACAGUUAGGAGAAGCUCGCGAGUGUUAAAAGAUACACAUUACGGAAUCAGUGAACAAUUCCCACCCGUGAUUGUUGAACGCCGUAAACAAUUGUGGCCAAAAUUCAAAGAGGCGAAACGAAGAGGUGUUAGGGCUUCACUUGUGGUUGAUAAGCUUUUUAUUGAAGGGAGACGCUGGUAUCCGGACUCUGAACGAGCUUCAUCAGCAAAUAAGACGAGAAGCCCAGCAGUAGACAACCCAAGCAAGAGACCGAGACAUCAUGAUCAGCCACCGAGGGAAUCCCGUGACCGUCAUGCAUAG